GGGAUCUAGAAUAUAUCGCACGCUUGGUGGUUCGAUGACAGAGCCCUGAUGGUAUGCUUCCAGUUCCGCGAUGCAUUGGUGGGAGCUACAUGCUAAGCUUGAGACUUCAGGGACAUUUUUCACAACGCUCAUGUUUGUUAAGCGUGCCGGGCCUAGAUUUUCAUUUAGCAUACCUCAAACAUGCAUUGCAGUAACCUUCUCAUGCAUGCGUCACGCAUGGACAAAGGUGCCGGGUACGUUUCCGGCAUUGUUCGCCAGGGUUGUAGCGCUCUGCAUAACACGAACCCGUCAUGAUCCGACGGAGGAGCGUAAGUGUCGAUGCUUGGCGAAGAGAUGGAAAUUUCAGACUCUUAUGUCGGAAGAAUCGCUUCCUGAUCCAACAGCAUGCGAUGCCGAGUUUGCCCGCCGCUUGUUGAGGGACAGGUUGCUGGCUUUCCUGUACAAAUGGAAGGCACUCCAGGCGAGCCGUGUACCCAAACCAGGAAACUCUGAUAGAUGGCUAAUAUCGGUCGAACGUCCUUAAACGUGCGACAGAAAGUGGUCCAUGUUAUCAGAUCAGUGUAACGGGAUUUCGUAGCUUCUUUGAAUAGUUUGGGAAGUAGGUACGCGAUGGCAGGGCGUAUACAUAUGGUAAAAGUCAUGCGCCACCUG